ACUAAGUUAUUUCUGUAGUCUCGCUUUCAAAUCAAUCCACAUGUAUUAGGAAAUUUUGAUAUGAUCAUAUAUACUGGUUGGUUCUUUCAGGACUGGAAGAAAUUUCUUACGAACCCUCUGUCACUCUUCAGUUCUGGUAACUAUGUGCUAUUCUACCCCAAAAGUAUGAAAAGUGGUUCAAAUGAUCCCAAGUAUCAUGUUAGCGUCACUGCAUAUGCACAACACACAAUUUGAUCAUUACAAUAAGUGUGACCAAAGAAUCCACACCACAAGCAUUGAUGUUCUCCCCAAUAUGUGGCCAACCAAUAGGAAUAUGGAUUGAAGUUAAUGGCUAAAGUUUCACCAGGUGUAGGUGGCACUGAACUCAAGUUACCUGGGUAUCGGAUCUGAUGUUGCUUCUGCUGUUCAAUUUAGUAGGAUGGCUUUGUGUACCAAGGUCAUUGUUAAUGUUCAUAAUGUUUGGGCAGUUUUAUACUUAGGUUUUGCUUUACAUACAUGUGCAAUGACACAGAAUAAAUGGUAUGUACCUUUCUAUCCCACUAAGUUCUAAUCAUGUGUCUGUCCUGCAUGUUCAAAAGUGUCCACACGCCCUUACCAAUUCUUGGCUUAAGUGAAUGACUAGCUGCUAAUUAUCAUGCAUCAUGAGAUGCUCUCUAAUUAGUUAAACUUAAGUUUUGUAGUUCCCAAAUUUUUUCCUUGUUCGUGCAAAAGGGAAAACUGCUAAAAACUGACUGAAUCAGGAAUUUGAUCAGGCUGGGAAUAGCAGGAGCCAGCAAGGCAUCGAAGUGGCAAAGUCACGUAUGAAACAGAAAGGAACAAAGCAAGGGAUGGGCUAAACAAGCACUGGCCUACCAUGUGUCGUCUUGCAAGGUAUGAUUUGUGGAUCUAUAACAAAGAUAUGGAAACCAUUCAUGUUGUACAAAUAGACUAGUUUGAACAGUAGUGCUUUCCCUGCUGUUUUGACUUGCACACAUCACAAAGGUCAUGGACAGAGGUAACCACGGUUGGACUGAUGCUGGAUUGCUGGUCAAUGUGGGCCAAAAUGUUCUGUAGAUCAACCAAACUCUGAUCGGAUCAGGCUUCAAGAGUUCAGAUGCCACACAAGAAACCAGAAUUAUUUAUCCUGCUCAAGACCAGGCGCACAUGGUAGGUUGCCCUGGGGAGAAGCUAGAAACCAGAGUCACAUGUACCAUGACCAACAAGCAUCAACCUCCUUUUGUUUUCAAGCAGUGGUGUAGUACUCAACGAGGCAAUCAAGCCUUCACAGUAAAGCUUGGUACUGGUGCUGGUGCCUGCUCCAGAGCAAGAUGGCAAGAGGGGCUCAGCCAUCUGCAUCCCUCCUGCUCUUCUCCCUGGGGCUUGUGCUCCUCUACUUCUCCUCAGGAAGCACCAUUCGACUUGCUGAGGGACAGAAAACUUGGUGCGUGGCGAAGCCGUCAGCAGAUGACAAGGUUCUUACGGCGAAUCUCAACUACGCCUGCUCUCAGGUGAACUGUGGAGUGAUUCAGCAAGGUGGCCCGUGCUUCAACCCCAACAACCUGGUGUCGCACGCCGCAGUCGCCAUGAACCUCUACUAUGCUGCCCAUGGCAGGAAUGCCUGGAACUGCUACUUCCAGAACUCAGCUCUCGUCGUGCAGUCUGACCCAAGUUAUGGUUCCUGCACGUACUACUGAUUUUAAAACUGAGGUCGAGGUCGAGGCAGGGCCUACGCAGCUGAGUUUGUAUUAGGAUGUCUUUUACUCCCAUGUUAGCAGUGCCGAGAUUUCGUGGCGAUGCCCUAGAUCCUCUGAUGCUUAGUUUAUUGAUAAGAUGAACAUUGAUUUGCUCGGAUCUUGGAUGCUGUUUGUGGCGUCCAUUCCCAUCAACCUUCAUUGGAUGUUUGGAAAUUCAGACUUGUUGAUCCACAUGCUUCAUUGCUUCCUGUUUCCUAGCAUCUCUUGUUUUCAGUUUGAUGGAAACCGGGGAUUCGUUGAAUGAAUAUAUGAUUUGUCA